UCACAAAACACACUACUAACUCUCCCAAAAUGCAAUUCUUCAGCUUGGCUUCCAUCUUUCUUUUUCUAUCUUUCCUCUUUUUGGUAAGGAAAUGGAAGAACUCAAAUAGCCAAACCAAAAAAUUGCCUCCAGGUCCAUGGAAACUUCCUUUUAUAGGAAGCAUGCAUCACAUGGCUGGUGGAGUUCCACACCGCGUCCUUAGAGAUUUAUGCAAAAAAUAUGGACCGCUCAUGCACCUACAGCUUGGUGAAGUUUCUGUUGUUGUUGUUACUUCUUCUGAGAUGGCUAAACAAGUACUGAAAACCCAUGACCUCGCUUUCGCAUCUAGGCCUAGACUCUUGGCAUUUGACAUUAUCUGUUAUGAUAGGAAGGACAUCGCCUUUAGCCCCUAUGGUGAAUACUGGAGACAAAUGCGUAAAAUUUGUAUCAUGGAAGUAUUGAGUGCAAAGAAUGUUCGAUCAUUUAGCUCGAUCAGGCAUGAUGAAGUUGUUCGUCUCAUUGACUCUAUCCAAUCGUCUUCAUCACUUGGUGAUCUAGUUAAUUUUACAGAAAGAAUUAUUAGGUUCACAAGCUCCAUGACAUGCAGAUCCGCAUUUGGGCAAGUACUAAAGGAGCAAGACAUAUUUUUUAAACAAAUUAGUGAAGUGCUAAGCUUAGCAGGAGGCUCUGAUGUGGCUGACAUCUUCCCUUCAUACAAGUUUCUUCAUUCUCUCAGUGGCGCAAAGCAAAAACUUCUAGAUUCCCACCGUAAGUUAGAUUCAAUUGUUGAGAAUGUCAUCAACGAGCACAAGAAGAAUCUUUCAACUCACAGGAGUGAUGAUGCAUUAGGAGGUGAAGACCUAAUUGACGUCCUACUAAGACUUAAGAAGGAUGGAGCUCUUCAAUUUUCCAUCACCAACGACAAUAUCAAAGCUGUUAUUAUUGACAUGUUUACAGCCGGAACAGAAACUUCAUCAGCAACAAUUGUAUGGGCUAUGGUUGAAAUGUUGAAAAAUCCAAGAACAUUCACCAAAGCUCAAGCAGAAGUGCGAGACGCCUUUAGAGACAAAGUAACGUUCGAUACAAAUGAUGUGGACGAGCUGAAAUACUUAAAGUUAGUUAUUAAAGAAGCUUUGCGGCUUCACCCACCAGUUCCACUUUUGGUCCCAAGAGAAUGUAGGGAAGAGACAUGCAUAAAUGGCUAUACUAUUCCUGUGAAGACCAAAGUCAUGGUCAAUGUUUGGGCAUUGGGAAGAGAUCCUAAAUAUUGGGAUGACGCAGAAAGCUUUAUUCCAGAGAGAUUUGAGCAGUGCUCUGUGGACUUUCUUGGUAAUAAUUUUGAAUAUCUUCCCUUUGGCAGUGGGAGGAGGAUUUGUCCCGGAAUAUCAUUUGGUUUAGCUAAUGUUUAUUUGCCUCUAGCUCAAUUGCUUUAUCACUUCGAUUGGAAACUCCCUACUGGAAUAGAACCAAGAGACUUGGACUUGACUGAAUCAGUUGGAAUAGCUGCCGGUAGAAAAAGUGACCUUUAUUUGAUCGCCACUCCUUAUCAACCUUAGCCAACAUCAACUUUUUAAAGUUCUUAUAUUAUCCUGUACUCUUCUGUCAUCUUUCUUCUGGUGUUCUAGGUUUAUCGGUUUCUAGUGAAUGUAUCUUUUUGCAAAUAAGAAUGUAUCGUUAAUGUAAUAGAAAUACUACAAGUACUAGUAUUUCCCCUCCCCCUUAUCCUUCAUUCCGGCAGACAUCUUUCUUCUGGUGUUCUAGGUUUAUCGGUUUCUAGUGAAUGUAUCUUUUUGCAAAUAAGAAUGUAUCGUUAAUGUAAUAGAAAUACUACGAGUACUAGUAUUUCCCCUCCCCCUUAUCCUUCAUUCCGGCAGACUUUUACUGCCACUCAUAUGCAUUGAUGCAUAUUAAAUAAGUAUAAAUAACAUAAAUACCAACUCUUUUGCAAGUAA